ACCCAUAGUCUUAAUUCCGACCAGCCCUUUUCCUUGCCGCGUCUCGUCAUGUCCUUCUUCUCCUACGUUGCCUCGGGCAUCAGCUCGUUCGUCGUUGUCACGCUCUCCUUAUUCGCUCUCGGCCAGAAAGUUCCCCGCGCCGCUUUCGUGGCUCGCUGUCUGGCAGCCUACGGCUCGCUCCUCCUGUGUGCCACCUAUGGCGUAGUGGCCUCGAUUGUCCUGCGCCUGGCUGGCUACGGCCGGGUUUCGCAAUGGGCCACGGCGCGCAGCUUCAAAUGGGUGAUGCGGUAUACGACCGGUGUGCAGUUCGAUAUUGUGGAGGGUGUUGAGCACCUGUCGACUCGCCCGGCGGUGUUCAUCUCCAACCACCAGUCCGAGCUGGACGUGCUCAUGCUGGGCGCCAUCUUCCCUCCCUACUGCAGUGUCACGGCCAAGAAGUCGCUCAAAUAUGUGCCCUUCCUCGGCUGGUUCAUGGCCCUGUCCCGGACGGUCUUCAUUGACCGUGCCAACCGCGAAACGGCCGUCAAGGCGUUUGACAGCGCCGCCGCGGAGAUGCGUCAGCACCGCCAGAGCGUCUUCAUCUUCCCCGAGGGCACCCGAAGCUACUCCGAUAACCCGGAGUUGCUGCCUUUCAAGAAGGGUGCUUUCCACCUGGCUGUCAAGGCUGGUGUGCCAAUUGUCCCCGUCGUCACGGAGCACUACUCCCACGUCCUGUCUCCCCGCAAUAUGCGAUUCAAUGCGGGGACUAUCAAGAUCAAGGUUCUGCCGCCGAUCAGCACCGAGGGUCUGACCGCCGCCGACGUCGACAGUCUCACCAAGUCUACGCAAGCGUCGAUGCUCAAGUCUCUCCUCGAACUGUCGGAGAAGGACAAGACGGAGAUCGGCUCUGCUGUCGCCAAUGGCACCUCCACUGCUGUCGAGAUCUAGAUCUCUUGUCAUGACGAUAUCAUGAUCGACUCAUUCACGACCGAGAAGCGCCCUGCAUUCGAACAUUUGUAAACUGUGCUGGUAUCCUAUGUCCGCGCCUUCUCCAUUAUUAUUCAUCCCUUUUACGAUUCCACGUCCUAAACCGAUCAUACCAUGCAGCCACUCGCCGUACUUAAUCCGACGCCUUGAGAUCGGGUGAUUCCUACGGCUAGAGAUUUCCUUUGGCCUGACACCCCGUGUACUCUAGCCAUCUCCCGCGUCGAUAAUAUCUUGUUCUUUCCCGCCGCCAGCCUGCUCUCUUUCAUCGGAGCAAUGCCGCAGUCGCUUUUCUGGUUAGGCCUUGC